UGCGCAAAUAGCGCAGUAAAACAACCACGAUUACGUUCUAUAGUGGCGCGAAUCCGUUCGGUAUUUACCGGUUACAAACCCUGAGGUUACGAGGCUUACGUAACGACUAAAGAAAACUUUUCUCAGGGUCGCUUUAUUUAACUGCGCGUCUGCUACACUGCGGCGAUGUGUCUUCGCCAAGUCGGUAGAUGUCUCUAAACGCGGCAGCGUGGCCUAGUUCUUAAGGCUCUGUACAUGCGAGUUCACGGAAAUCUGCGUUUUGCUGGUGCUAAAUCUCAACCUAUAGUAUUGUAUAUAACGGGAGUGCGGUAAGCAAUCAUGGGAAAAGACAGGAAGACCAAAAAAGACAAACUGGACGAUGAUGACACCUUGGUGCAGGACAUGGACAGUCUCACCAUUACUGAAAAAGGAGGCGCCAAGAAAAAGAUGACGGUUGACACCAGUGGCGACGGCCUCAAUGACGAAGCGCCCGCCCGCAAGGGCAAGGCUAAGAAAGGCACGAACAAGCUAGACGACAGUGAUGACGAUGAGCCAGCCAAGCCUGCCAAAGGUCCAGCAGGUAAAAAGGCGAAGGGGAAGAAGGGCCGUGGCGAUAAUGACAGUGACUGGGACGAUGAUGAUGCUAAACCAGCUGCCACAAACAAGAAGGGCACGAAGGGAAAGCGUUUUGACGACAGCGACGAGGAGGAAGAGGUUGCGAAGCCGGCUGCAAAGGCGAAGAAGGGAAAGAAGAAGGCAGCCGAGGACAGCGAUGAUGAAGUCGAGCCCAUUAAACCUGUGCAAAAGGGAAAGAAGGGCAAAAAGAAAGGUGGGAAUGAGAGCGAGGACGACGAGGAGAUCGCCAAGCCUGCCAAGGGAAAGAAAGGAAAGAAGGGAGACGACAGUGAAGAUGAGGACGAGCCUGCCAAACCGGCGAAAGGAAAGAAGGGAAGGAAGAAAGGAGGUGACGACAGUGACGACGAGAACGAGGAAGAGACCAGACCGGCCAAAGGCAAGAAAGGUCGGAAAAAGGAAGACGAUAGCGAUGAGGAUGAAGACACGAAGCCUGCCGCCAAGGGAAAGAAAGGAAAAAAGAAGGCGGGAGACGAGAGCGAUGACGAGGACGACGUCAAGCCCGCCAAGGGCAAGAAGGGAAAAAAGAUGGCAGUGGGUGAUGAAAGCGACGACGAAGAAGAGGUUAAACAGCCUGCUAAAGGGAAGAAGGGGAAGAAGAAAGGAGACGAGAGUGAGGAUGAGGAGGAAGACAAGGUGCCACUCUCGAAACGGAAACAGAAGAAAGGGAAGGGCUUGCUCGAUGAAAGCGGCGAUGAGGACGACGAAAUGCCGAGUGCCCCUGCCCUGUCGAAGAAAAAGAAGAACAAGAAACAGAAGGAUUCUGAUGAUGAAGACGCGUCCAAGGCACCCAAAAAAAAGAUGGGCGGUUUCGCACUCCUUGAUGUUGGAGACGACGACGACGAUGAUGUGAAGGACGUGGACAGUGCAAAGGAAGAUGUUGAAGAGCAAGAGGAGAAGGUUGUAAAAGAGGAGAAGAAAGAGAAAAAGAAGAAGGAAAAGAAGAAAAAGAAAAACCAGGAUGAUGAUGAGCUGGAGAAGAUGCUAGAAGAGCUCACGUUGGAAAUUGAAGGCAAGAAACCACCGCCUACAAAGGAGUCUCUGGCUGCUGCUGCUGCUGCUGCUGCAACUGGUCAGGAAGGUCAAGAGGGUGAAGCCAAGGAGGCUGCAGCUGGCAAAAAAAAGAAGAAGAAAGACAAAAAGGCUGCUGCUCAGGAGGAGCCUCUUGAGGGGGUCGAGGAGGCCAAAGAGGUCAAGGACGAGGUAGCCGCACCAGCUGUUGAGUCUAAGAAGGCCAAAAAGAAAAAGAAAGACGUGGCUAAGAAAGAAGCCGAAGCCGCCACCCCUGUUGCCAGCAAGGAGGCAACACCGGCUCCUGCAGAUGGGGAGGAGCCUGCUCCCGCAGAAGGGGUCGAAGGUGCUGAGGAAGAAGUGGGUGAUGGUAAGAAGAAAAAGAAGAAGAAGGAUGAAGACGACAAGAAGAAGACAAAAAAGCCGGGCUCCAAGCAGAUUGCUGCCAUUCAAGAACACCUGAGGAAGCUCAAGGAGGAAGAGGAGCGGAGGAAAAAAGAAGAGGAGGAAAAAAUCAAGGCAGAGGAGGAAGCUGAAAGGUUGCGAGAGGAGAAGCUGAAACAGGAGCAGGAGCGCAAAGAGCGUAAGAAGCAGAAGGAGAAGGAGCGGCGGGAACGAGCCAAAGCCGAGGGGCGGCUGCUCACCAAGGCACAGAAGAUGGCACGGGCCCGCAUGGAAGCCACGCUCAAGACACUGAAGGAGCAGGGUAUCGAGGUGCCGCAGAUAGGAGAGAAAAAGGAGAAGACAACGCGCACGAUGGACCGCCGCAACAGGAAUCAGCGCAAGAAGCCUGACGAAGAGGAGAAGAAAGGUGGGGAGAGUGUUCCCCAAGUACAGCUGGAAAUUUUGGGACCAGACACCACAGCAGCCACCGAGCAAAACGAGCAGCAGAAGGAGAUGUCGCCCACAGAGCCACCUGCCGAGGAGGAGGACGACGUGAAAGACGCCUGGGACGAGACCUCUGAGGACGAGGACGACGAUGAAGAGGAGACGAUCGAGGAGAAGAUGAAGAUGGACAUCAAGGUGCAGGUCAAGACCGGAGCCCCCAAGAAGACAGAGCCCCUGAAGAAGGCCCCCCAGCCAGCCAAGAAACGGGACGAAUCUUCCUCCUCAGAGUCCGACGAGGAUGAGUCUUCGUCCGAGGAGUCCUCUGACGAAGAGAGUAGCGAAAGCGAGGAUGACAAGUCUCACACCAAGGAGAAAGUGAUAGCGAGGUUGCAGAAACAAAGGGAGGAAGCUGAGAAAAAACGUUCAGUGGACAAUCUUCGGUCACCAGUAAUUUGCGUUCUCGGGCAUGUAGACACAGGCAAAACAAAGAUCUUGGACACGAUUCGGCAUACUCAUGUCCAGGACAGUGAAGCUGGUGGAAUUACUCAACAGAUUGGUGCUACCAUGGUUCCUCUAGAUGCCAUCAAGGAACAAUGCAAGAUGGUCAAAGAGUUUUCAAACAAGGCUUUGAAGAUUCCUGGCCUCCUUAUUAUUGACACUCCCGGCCACGAGUCAUUCAGCAACCUGCGUUCGCGUGGCUCUUCACUGUGUGAUAUGGCAAUCCUGGUGGUCGACCUGAUGCACGGCCUUGAGCCACAGACAAUUGAGUCGCUCAACAUGCUGCGCUCUCGCAAGACACCCUUUGUUGUUGCGUUGAACAAGGUGGACCGGCUGUACGACUGGAAGGGCAACCGCAACAAGGACAUUACAGAUGUGCUCAAGGCCCAGUCACGAAACACUCGUCUCGAAUUUGAGGAGCGCACUCGCGAGGUUGUUCUCCAGUUUGCCGAGCAGGGCCUCAACGCCGCUCUGUUCCAUGAGAACAAGGACUUGAAAUCCUUUGUCUCCCUGGUGCCCACCUCUGCCCUGAGCGGUGACGGCAUGGGCAACCUCAUCAGCCUCAUUGUCGAUCUCACGCAGAACAUGAUGGCCAAGCGCAUAUCCUUCUCUGAGGAACUCCAGGCCACUGUGUUGGAGGUGAAAGCAAUCCCUGGCUUGGGCACCACCAUUGACGUGAUCCUAGUGAAUGGCACCCUCCGCGAGGGUGACACCAUGGUGCUUGCCGGCCAUGAGGGCCCGUUCACGACGCCCAUCCGAUCGCUGCUCAUGCCUCAGCCGCUAAAGGAGUUGAGGGUGAAGAACCCCUACCAAGAGUACAAGGAAGUGAAGGGUGCCCAGGGAGUGAAGAUUGCGGCCAAGGACUUGGAUAAGGCCAUCGCUGGCCUACAGGUCCUCAUCGCCAAGCAUCCUGACGAGGUUGAAGUGCUCAAGGAAGAAGUUGCUCGUGCACUGAAGGAGGUGAUGAGUGGCUUCAAGCUGGCUGAACGAGGUGUCUACGUCCAGGCGUCAACGCUAGGUUCUUUAGAAGCUUUACUCGAGUUUCUUAGGGUUUCUAAAAUUCCAUAUUCUGGCAUCAGGAUAGGUCCUGUUGUCAAAAAGGAUGUCAUGAAGGCUUCUAUCAUGCUGGAACAUGACACCCAGUAUGCUGUGAUCUUGGCCUUCGACGUGAAAAUAGAACGUGAUGCGCAAGAGCUGGCUGACUCCCUUGGGGUGAAGAUCUUCCAGGCCGACAUCAUUUACCACUUGUUCGACAAGUUCACUGCCUACAGGGAAGAGCUGCGCCAGAAGAAACGCGAGGAGUUCAAGUCCGUAGCCGUGUUUCCCUGCAAACUGCGCAUUUUGCCCCAGUUUGUGUUCAACUCCCGUGACCCCAUCGUUGUUGGUGUGUCUGUCGAAGCUGGCGUUGUCAAGGAAGGCACGCCGCUCUGCGUCCCCUCCAAGGAGUUCCUGGACAUUGGCAUAGUGACCACCAUUGAAGUGAACCACAAGCCUAUCGAGACUGCCCGCAAAGGCCAAGAAGUGUGCAUCAAAAUCGAGCCCCUCGGUGGAGAGGCUCCGAAGAUGUAUGGCCGGCAUUUCGACCACACUGACUUCCUCGUUAGCAAGAUAUCACGUGCUUCGAUAGACGCCUGCAAGGAGUACUUCCGAGAUGACCUCGUCAAAACAGACUGGCAGCUGAUGGUAGAACUGAAGAAAUUGUUCCAGAUCCUAUGAUCACUGUGAGACGAUGUACAAGUGCACGCUUGAGGCACUUAUGUCCCGCCCAUCGUCUCCAUCUCGGUCGGCUGACAAGCGCUCAAGAUGAAAGCUUGGGGAAAAAAGACAAAACUCGUAUGGACUGCCUGCCUGCCGCCAGCGUUUCAACCACUGUGCGGCAGUUGUGAUUUCUGAAGUGGCCAAAGGGACCGUUCUUUUGUUUCGGCUUACAGCAGCAGUGACUGUGACUGUAAUUAGCUUGCAGUUGAAAAUUUAGAGUACUACAGGCCAGCUGCCUCCCAUGCAGUGGCGUGCGUCUCGUUGCAGCGUGCAACGAUGUCAGUGAUGCGGAAGACUCAUCGCAGCAGAGAGAAUGGUGAGCGUAAGUCGAGCGCGACUUAUGGUAAGCAAGGUGCGAGACUUAAUGAGACCAUUGUUCUUGCAAAUUGUUUGUUGCACUUUUUGUAUAACAGCCACACACAUAGCCUCACUAUUACAUUCACACGGGUGGGUAGAGAUGCAUAUUUAUGAAAAGCCUGGGUAAUAAUUCUUUACUGGGAUGGUUUCUUAUUUUUCUUACCUAAUUUAAAAGCCUUAAAUCUUCCUCGUUGACACGAAAGUUGCAUUCUCACCAAGUGAAAUGUAACAGAGGGGGAUUAGGGAUAGAAAUGUUGCUACAAUGGAAGCUGCCACGUUGUUUCAAGUGUUGUCUUGUCUUAGCCUGAAUAUUUUUGUCAAUCUGUUGCAUUGUCUCCUUCGUGGCCACUCUAAACGUCUCGACAUUUCAAUAUUUCUUUUUCUUGGAACGUUUACAGGGCAAGCAUAUGUUCCUGCAGUAUUCACUGUUUCCACGCUAUCCGUGCUUUGUCUGCAGCUGGGUGAACAGAACUUUGGCCCAAUGCUUUUUUUUUUUCCGUUACUGUGAAAUGUAGCUGUCAUCCGCUGUGUGGUCUGCAAUGUUGAGAUAGGAAGCCAUUUGCAAUGUAGGACAUGGAUUUUAACCUAAUGUACUUGAAAGGCUGUGCUAGCGAUCGCAGUAUACUUGUAAAAGCAUAGUUUCCCAACUCUCUCUGGAAUUUCGUCAAACGAAAGUGCUUUUAUAAACCCUGUUUUGAGGUUAUUGUUGGUGUUGAAGGAGUUCUUUCUAUUUGCUUGCUUACAUUGCAAGCUCCUAAAAUUGAUGAUUCAAGAACAAAUACAGUUAAAGUCAGCAUUUUAAUUUUAAGAUCAUGAGGUUUCAUACUGUUCUGAAACACUUCGAAUGUGUUUGACACUUCGAAUGAGUCAACGAAUGGAUUACCAUUAAAAAGAAAACAUCAGAUUGAACCCUGCAGACAUGCGAGAAAAUGUGUUGAGAAAAUUGUUGCUAGAAAAAUGAGGGAUUUGUUUUGAAAGCAUGCGAAUAAAUUC